CCAAAGCAUCCCAAGAAAGUUCAAGUCGGUUUUCCUAACUGAAAUUUGCGACCACUAUUCUCUCGUAUUCACCAAAGGUCGUCAUGGUUCCCUAUCUAUGUUUGGCAGCUUUUGUGACCGAUGCACCUAUAAUUCUGGCGUCCUGCGAUUUGGCUUCUCUGGAAGUACGGCUUCGUGUUAUCUCGCGUACAAAGUGGUGAUCAGGCCUCUUCAAUAGCUAACACACUGCUACCCAUGUGGUUUUUCUUUUAUUUUGUCCAGUCUAUCAAUCUGAGUUGCAAGCAUGUUCCAUUACUCAGUUGAGGGGUAUAAUGUUCAACACUGGAAUCGGGCAGCACAUUUUGAAAAACCCAUUGGUGGUCAAUGGCAUUAUUGAGAAGGCAGCUCUUAGACCAACAGACGUGGUGCUGGAGGUCGGACCAGGAACUGGUAACAUGACCGUCAAACUGCUGGAGAAGGCAAAAAAGGUUGUUGCUUGCGAGCUGGACACCAGGCUUGUUGCUGAACUUCAGAAGAGAGUGCAGUGCACGCCAAUGCAGACGAAGCUGCAGAUCUUGGUGGGAGACGUGUUGAAGGCAGAGCUGCCCUUCUUUGAUGUUUGUGUGGCCAACUUGCCUUAUCAGAUCUCAUCGCCCUUUGUGUUCAAGCUGCUUCUUCAUAGGCCGUUUUUCAGGUGUGCGGUGCUGAUGUUCCAGCGGGAGUUCGCCAUGCGGCUGGUGGCCAAACCUGGGGACAAACUCUACUGCCGCCUGUCCAUCAACACGCAGCUGCUGGCCCGCGUGGACCACCUGAUGAAGGUGGGGAAGAACAACUUUCGGCCUCCUCCUAAAGUGGAGUCCAGCGUGGUCAGAAUAGAACCAAAAAAUCCUCCCCCGCCAGUUAACUUUCAGGAAUGGGACGGCCUUGUGAGAAUAGCAUUUAUAAGAAAAAAUAAGACUCUCAAUGCAGCAUUCAAAUCCACAGCAGUUGAGCAACUGUUGGAAAAGAAUUACAGGAUUCACUGUUCUGUGCACAACAUUGAAAUCCCAACAGACUUCAGCAUCGCGCAAAAAAUAGAGGGAGUUCUCCGGGAAACAGAGUUUGGUGAGAAGCGUGCUCGGUCCAUGGACAUCGAUGACUUCAUGGUGCUUCUCCACGCUUUUAAUUCAGCUGGGAUCCACUUCUCCUAAAUGGACCAUUUUCAGGAAUGCCAGGAUCGAUGGAUGCCAUGCCAGUGAUGAAGUGAUUCUCAUGGACAAUGAAUCUGCCACCUUGAAUGAACAUUAUGGAUUGUGUCAUGUCGGCCAAGAUUCCUUGGAGAUUCCCCAAGAAUCCAUGCUUUCCAAAUGAAUACCUGAGCUGAACAUGCAUUUGUGAAACCCUGUCAUUUGUCCUGGGCCUUGUUGUGUUUUCUAAAUGCGGGUUGAGGUAUAUUAGUUUGCUCUCAAGACUCUCACAGAAGGACACUGCAGUUAUGUAAGGUAUCAUUACCCAGUCACAUUUGUCAGUGUGCUGAAGGAUGUGUAUUUUACUGUAGAAAGAUUUAGAACUGCAGGACUGAGACCUACAUGGAAAUGAGUCAACCUGCAACUGCAAUGCGCAUAAAGUAUGUGCAUUUCACAGAGAAGGUGGGUCACCCCUCUGAUAAUAGGCACUGUGUAAUAUCCGAUGGAUCUGACUCACUGUGGCCAUUAAAGACCCCGUGACACCCAU